GUUGAGUGUGUGACAUGUGAGGGGACCGAUAUGGAGUAAAGCAGCGCCGGUAAUGGAAACACGGUGAGGAAAGGAGAGUAUCAUGGCGGAUCCAGAGGUGUCAACACAGAGUGGGGGCUAUGAUGUGGAGCUGUUUGUGGACACUCCAGACUACGAUCUGAUCUGCACCAUCUGCCAGGGGGUCCUCAGGUGUCCAGUAAGAGCUGCGUGUCACCACAUCUUCUGCAAGAAAUGCAUCUUACAGUGGCUGAAGAGACAGGAGACCUGCCCCUGCUGCAGGAAGCCGGUGAACCCGAGCUUGAUCUUUGUCAUGUUCAAGCUGAGCAAAUCUAUCGGACGCAUGAAGAUCAAGUGUAAGAAUGAGAUCCGCGGUUGUGCAGAGACCUUCCCCCUCUCGGAGCAGUACUGUCACAGCAUGAGCUGUCUAUACGAGCUCAUCCCCUGCCCGUACCAGGGCUGCCGAGCGCAGCUCCUCCGCAGGGACCUGGACACCCACGCACGCCACUGCGAUCACUGGCGCCAACCCUGCCAUAUGGGCUGUGGCACGAUACUCUCCCACCGCACAGAGGCGCAACACAACUGUUACAAGCAGCUGAGGCAGGAGUACGAAGCCAGGCAGAGGAACCACAGGGCCAUCGCCACUGCCCUGCAGAGGAAAAUGAGGAGGAUGCAGAGCACCAUGGCACACAUGAAGAGGCAGAUAGGGCUCAUCUGUGAGAGCCUCGAGGUGAUGGACGACCUGCACGAGGUGGAGGAGGAGGACAUUGGAGAGAGCAGCGGCAGCUCCAGUGGGACUCCAAGUAGCAACAACAGCAACUGCUGA